AUGCCUGCUGCUCCUGCUUCUGGUUUGACUCGUACAAUCUACAGCUCCAUCUUCAAGAAGAACUCUGUCUUUGUCACCUCUAUCUUUGCUGGUGCCCUUGUCUUUGAAAUGGGUUUCGAUUCUGCCACUGAAAAGAUCUGGAACAACAUUAACAAGGGCAAACAAUGGGAAGAUAUCAAGCACAAGUACGAACAAUAA